AUGGGGGAAGAAUACGGCCCGCUGGUGCGCCUUUGGGGCAUCCAGCCGUCGCAGCUGCCCGUAGCAUCCGCGGGGCCGGAGGAGCUCACGCCGUUUCUCGAGGCUCUGUUGCGUGAGGCGCUGCCCUUCAUCGCCUCACUGCCUUCCGCACCCACAAGCCCUCAGACCACAGGCGCAACCGACUCGCCGUGGAAGCCGCACGGCGUCAAGACGUACCCUGGGUCCACGUCGCCGGUGCAUCUCUACGAGCGCGUCGUCCCCGCGGGGGAGCUCGCGGCCGUGGCGAGGGCGGCGCACCGCCCGCCCGGCGCGUCGUCGGCGGACGACAAGGCACGCGGGCCGGAGACGUGGGUCGCGCGGCGGAGCGUGCACGACGACGCGGCGGCGCGCGGGACGGCGAGCUGGGCCGAGUGGAGGCGGUGCUUCAAGGAGGAGCACGCCGAGGCGGAGCGAGCCUUCACGCCCACCGUGCUGAGCACGCGGGUGCUCCGCGCCUGGGAUUGCGCGGGCGUGCGCGUCCGGCUGGGGGACGACACGUGGGCAGACUGGACGCUCAAGGUCGAGGAGUCGACGCACAAGCUGCCGGCACCACUGCGAAACCGCGUCUUUCCCGUGGUCCAGGCGACGGCGGCAGUGGAGGGCCGACGCGAGUUCCUGGUGGUGCAGGUUGCGACGACGACGAAGACCACGGCGGGCGGCGACAGCGGCGACGGCGAGACGGUGGGAGGCCAGUCGGGGGCGGUUCUCGGCGCGUAUACGAGCGUCGAGCGGGUGCGAGAGGUGCCAGGGGCGGGAGACGGCGGCGUGGCGGCGGUGGAAUGGGUCAUGGGGACGGUAUCGGACGCGAAGGGGGUGCUGCCGGCGUGGGUGCAGAGGAUGGCCGUGCCGGGGCAGGUGGCCAAGGACGUGGACAUGUUCCUGUCGUGGAUCGCGGAGGAGAGGACCAAGGACAAGACUAAGGUCGAGGGCGGCGGCGGUUGA